UCUCACUCGCUGGGGGCUGGGUACAGGAGCGGAUUGGUUGUUUGAAGACAGCCACGGACAGCCACGGCUUCAACCAGAUACAGGGGCAGGUCGGCUGCAAGGAAACAAUUAUUCGAAAAGUAGUAUUGAUGCUAUGAUAGUUCAAGAUGGAUAACGCACAUUGUGGAGAUGAAAGGUGUCUAGCAGUCAAUUGUUUUGGUCAUUCUUUAUUCACAAGUCUAUUUAUAUAGAAAGGGGCGGGCGGUAAGUGAUAGCUAGCUCAAGAGCCAGGGAUAUGUGGUGAGGUCCUUGGCCUAGUAAUACUGGGAUUUUGCUGAUCCACUUUCACAAAUUUGGAAUUAAGUGCAUUUCCAGUCUCAAACUGAAGAAAUUCAAAGUGUUGUUGUUAUGGAAAACGUUUAAAUGAUGUUGAUGCCAUGACAACAUGACUGAGCCUAAUGAAGCAGAAAUCAAGGAUGCCUUGGACAGCAGUUCAAAUACAGGAAAAUACUCAGCAUCUGACGCCCAUCAUUUUUCCACCAACCCCAGUGGAGAGGAGUGUGAAGCAGUGUCUGAACCCCCGCACCCUGCACCUAAGUGCUCGUCAGUCCCCAAAUACAAUCAGCAGUACCCCUCUCUGUCUUACAGCCCCCUGAAGAGGCUGCGGGACCUGACAUCUAUGGUGAGCGACACCGACUUGCCUCUACCUGAGAGGAACGUUCAGAAGGUGACGGAUCUCACACACACAAGAAAACGAGUGAGCAGGAGCAGGUAUGCUAAGCACACACACCAACCCACUUCAAACGAUGCCAGAUCGGCGGCUGCCGGUGCCAGCACUGAGAAGAAGGAUGACCGGUCAGCUCCAUCAGAUGCAGACACUGGACAGCACACCAUGGGCCUCGGAGACAAAGGCUGCCUGCACUUUGAGUCCACUUUAUUAGACGAUGGAGAUGGAAGCCCAGAGGCAGAGGAAGACACUGAAGCACUUUUGAAAGGGAAAGGUCAAGGGUCAGAUGACUCCAUCGUAACCUGUGGCACAGCAGGAGCAGUUGGGGUCACAAGAGGUCACAUGGUUGACACAGAUCCAGACACAAAGCAGAUCUCGGCCUCACAGAGGGUGCCUUCUGCCACCAAAGAUAGUGUUACAGAAACACCAGCCAUGGAAUGUGUAGAUGGUCUAUGUGAUGAUGCGGACAGCGACUGUGGGCCAACCAGUCCAACACGGCCAGCUAUGACCAGCAGCCCAAAGCAGCAGAAGCUUCCAGUGAAGUAUCUGGAGAGGGAGGUAAUAUGGGCAAAGUUCAACCGCAGACCAUGGUGGCCUUGUCAGGUGAUUCUGAAUCCAACACAGGGAGCCUACCACAAAAUAAAAGAGUCAGGUGACAGACCUUGUCGUCAGUACUUUGUCUGCACAUUUGGGGAGCCAGUGGAGAUGGCCUGGGUGCCCGGAAAAGCCACACACACUUUUGAGGGUGGUCACCAGUUUGAACAUCUUCCUGUCUUAAGGAGGAGAGGGAGACAAAGAGACAAAAACUACAAAUACACUAUACCCAAGAGGUUUCUUGAAUCCUGGAAAACCAGUGUGGCAGAAGCAGAAAAUGCCAUGUCUCAGUCUGAUGUUUCAGAUGAGACCUUUAGGAGUUUUACCAGAAAACUUCAACGAGACAAGGUCUCAACAACUCCCAUGUGCCAGUCAUCCUCUUCUUUGUCAACAACUAUCAGUAUCCAUUCUGGUGGUGAUGAAUUGCACCUAAGCCAGCCAUUGAUGUCAAAAGACACGAUUUGUUGUAAAAACAAACGUCAAAUUAAAAAGAAGCCAAGUCCUAACAACAACAGUCUGAUCACAAAAAAUCAAGUCACUAGUUUAAAAACUGUUCCUACUGAUGGAAAGCCAGAUGGGAUUGUAGAUAAUCCUUAUUCAGAUAUUGACUCUGUACCAAGGAUUUUAUGUCCUAAAGCCAAUGAACGAGCAUCCAAACUCCAAACAACUCAGCCACCAAUCGUGAAAAAGGAGGAGAAAGCCCUGGGUGAGAAGAGUGGUCAUUGGUUCAGCAGACCAGGGAAGGCUCAUACCCUUGGAUGCACCAGUCGGCCAGGUUUAAAACUCCUGCAAAGUUCCUUUGUGAAGGGAACCUGCAGGAAAAAGAGUCUUGAAGGGUCCAGCCCAAAAUGGAGGGGAAACAAAACAUCAGGUCUGGAACAUCUCUCUGAUGAGUCAAUACAGGCCUUAAAGGGUCGACUAAAGUGCCUCCCAGCAAGUAGUCGCCUAAUGAUUAAAGCCCUCAAAGCCUUGGAGGAAGAUAAACUAAUCCAGACAUUUCUCUCGGACCAACAUGCAAGCUUGCCCAUAAAGAGUGAAGCUGAAAAGCUUUCUACCAAACUCACUCCAAAAAGAAAGCCAAUUGCAGAACCCAAUCGCAAAUUACAGGUUGCCACCUCUCCGGCUUCAAACAAAGACUUCAUUGAACCAAUGACUUCACAGGCAAACCGCAGAUCAUCUCCCAGAUGGUCUACAGGGGAACACACUGAGGCUGUGAUCAAAUCUGAAGAUGAAGCUUCAUUGAUAUCUACAAAACCAGUAACCAUCUCCUCCCCACCUAAUUCUGUGAAGACAGAAAGAGAAGCAGGUGAGUCGGAGGAAUCUCCAGGUGCCUCUCCACAACCAUUAGUCUUAACGGUUGACGAUCUUGCGGACAUGAAAGAAGUCACAUUCAAAUCGUUCACAGAUGAGGACAGUGGCCAGCCUGUGUCUUUUCAACCCAAUACAAACUACAAGUUCAGCACCUUCUUAAUGCUUCUCAAGGACAUGCAUGAUAGUCGGGAACAACAAGGUAAACCUCUUCUUCUGGAGCCUGAGAAGCCAAGUGCACUCAUCAAAGAGGAACCAUCGCUUCUUCCGGAGGAGGACCUACUUACCUGGCUAGGUCAGGCUUCCCGAGCCAAUGGCAAAAGUUGUCCACAAAAGAGGGUAUUGACGUCCAAGUCGAAGCAGGCGAAGACAAAGCGAAAGACGGCUUCCCGACAGAAAGCAGAAAAGCCUCAGCACAGUCAGACUAACAGGGCUUCAGCACAUGACAAGGACUCUUUCACAAAUGUGAAUCAAAGAUGGCCAAAGAGUGGACGACUUGGAUCAAAGAAGAAACCAGAAUUUGUCACUGUGCCUUUUGAGUGUGCCUCCGAUGGAGUUCCUCUGAAUGAGCACGUGCAGGAGCAGUCUCUGCUGGCAGAGGACGCUACUGGGGUACAUUUCUUGGACAGUGCCCCCAAAAAGCGCUGGCAGAAGUUUGAACAGGACAGCAGAGAGACAGACAACUGCAGUCGGGAGAAAGAACGAGCACAGAACACUUCCUCCCAGGGGAAUACGGUCUCUGUGCCAGAGAACAGCCUCAACCAAGGCAGAGCUUCCAGCUCAAAUGAUGGUACCUUUGUUAGUCAAACUAACUCCACAGAAGCAUAUACACAAUCCAAACGCCUUAGAAAACCCAGCAAAAGACUUAUUGAAUGGACAGAGGAAUAUGAUAAGAUCUUUUCCACAAGGAAGAAAGCGAAGAAAAAACUUGAGUCCUCUGCAAAGGUAGCUCAGUCAAGCUGCCCUAAUCAAGAAGGGUUUACACCAGACAACGCAAUGGAGGGACUCUCAAGGUCACUUCCUGAAAUGCAAACCCCACCCCCAGAAGAGUCGAAGACCAAUGAAGAAGUCACUCCACCAAUCACAGCAGAGAACACUGCCUGCCAGGCCUUACCGAUUAGCACACUAACGCCGCCCCCAGAGGCUGCACCUCCUGGCUGUGACGAAGGAUGUGCACUGAAUCAAGAGCAUAUCCAGAGGUGUUCAGAGUCUGCUGAUGGUCAGCUCUUGAAUAGAAAGAGACAAAGGAAGCCCACCCUGAAGUUUCUGGAAAGUUCAAUGGAGGCAGAGCCCAUUUUAACGCUGAAGAAAAAGGUUAAAGCUCUGAAGAAUAGUUCAGGUCAUAACAUCUCUUUAGACUCAGGUCAGCCUUCUGUUAAAACGAAGGGUAAGACAGCGAUGGUGCAUGGACUCAACAACUCCCCACUCCCUCUGAAUUUGGGAAAGGAGCAAGACCGUUCACCUGCUACCUCAGAGAGUGGCAGCUUGUUGGACUUCCUUGAAGAUGAUGGGAAUGGCUUUAACUCAGAGGCGAUUUCAUCCAGCAAUGACUGUUCUCUGGUGAUGACUGAGUCCUCUGCCACUGCUGAGAGUCUUGCCCCUCAUGAGAGGGUUUUGGAAGAGAGAAGUUGCACAGCUAUGCUUAGGGAGAAUGUUUGUCAGGUGUGUGAGAACACUGGUGAUCUGAUCCUGUGUGAGGGACAGUGUUGCGGAUCCUUCCAUCCACGCUGCGCUGGUCUCUCAGAGCCUCUGCAGCGGAGGUUUGUCUGUCAGGAGUGUAGUUCUGGUGUGCACACCUGUUUCGUGUGCAGGAAGUCGGGGGAUGCCGUGCAGAACUGUGUGGAAACGACCUGCGGCAAGUUCUACCAUGAGAAGUGCAUCAUCGAGCACUCCCCCACCGUCCCCCUCGCAUGUGGCUUCCGCUGCUCACUGCAUGUCUGCCUCUCCUGUUUCAUCACCAACCCCUCCAGCCCCUCUGCUUCCAGUGGUCAUUUGACCCGCUGUGUGAGGUGCCCGGUUGCUUAUCAUGCCAACGACUUCUGCAUGGCCGCUGGAAGCAUCCCCUUGACGGCCAACAGCUUCCUGUGUCCCAACCACUUUGUGCCCCGCAAGGGCUGCCGCAACCACGAGCACGUUAAUGUCAGCUGGUGCUUCGUCUGCUCAGAGGGGGGCAGUCUUCUGUGUUGUGAGUCGUGCCCUGCAGCCUUCCACAGAGAAUGCCUGAACAUCAGCAUGCCAGAGGGAAGCUGGUUCUGCAAUGACUGCCGCGCUGGGAAGCGACCUCACUAUCAGGAGGUGGUCUGGGUCAAAGUAGGCAGAUACAGCAGGUGGUGGCCAGCUGAGGUCAGCCAUCCCAGAGACAUCCCGGGCAACAUUCUGCGGAUGAGGCAUGAUGUGGGCGAGUUCCCUGUGCACUUCUUCGGGUCCAACGACUACCUGUGGACCUACCAGGCCAGGGUGUUUCCAUACAUGGAGGCAGACGCCACCGGCAAGGAAAAAAUGGGGAAAGGUGUCGACUCGACUUACAAAAAAGCUCUUGAAGAAGCUGCCAAACGGUUUCAAGAACUGCAGGCGGAAAAAGAGCUGAGGCAACUUCAGGAGGACAGGCGGAAUGACAAGAAGCCACCGCCCUACAGACAUAUAAAGGUGAACAGGCCAAUCGGCAAAGUGCAGAUCAUCGUGGCAGACCUGUCAGAAGUCCCUCGGUGCAACUGCAAGGCGUCAGACGAGAACCCGUGUGGCAUUGACUCCGAGUGCAUCAACCGCAUGCUGCUGUAUGAGUGCCACCCUCAGGUGUGCCCGGCUGGCCAACGCUGCCAGAACCAGAGCUUCGCCAAGCGCCAGUACUCACCGGUGGAAAUCUUCCGUACGCUGACGCGAGGCUGGGGUCUGCGCUGCUGCUCGGACGCUAAGAAGGGGGCCUUUGUGAGUGAGUAUGUUGGAGAAGUGAUUGAUGAGGAAGAGUGUCGUGCUCGAAUAAAGCACGCUCAAGAGAACGACAUCUGCAAUUUCUACAUGCUGACACUGGACAAGGACCGUCUCAUCGAUGCCGGGCCCAAGGGAAAUGAGGCUCGUUUCAUGAAUCACUGCUGCCAGCCUAACUGUGAGACCCAGAAGUGGACAGUGAACGGAGACACCCGUGUAGGACUCUUUGCUCUUAAAGACGUAACUGCUGGCACAGAGCUCACAUUCAACUACAACCUAGAGUGUCUGGGCAAUGGGAAGACUGUGUGUAAAUGCGGGGCAUCCAACUGUAGUGGUUUCCUUGGCGUACGGCCAAAGAACCAGCCCCGUGAGGAUGACAAGGGGGGCAGGCAGAAGCGAAAGGCUCAGAUGAAACGCAAGCCGGCCAAGGUGGAGGUGACCAAAGAACGGGAGGACGAGUGCUUCAGCUGCGGAGACUCCGGCCAGCUGGUGUCCUGUAAGAAGCCUGGCUGUCCAAAGGUGUACCACGCAGACUGUCUCAGCCUCACCAAGAGACCAGCAGGUCGCUGGGAGUGCCCGUGGCACCAGUGUGACGUGUGCGGUCAGGAGGCCGCCUCCUUCUGUGAGAUGUGCCCCAGCUCAUUCUGCGCCCAGCACCGGGACGGCACGCUCUUCAUCUCCAAGCUGGACGGCCGUCUCUCCUGCAGUGAGCACGACCCGUGUGGACCCGAGCCGCUAGAACCUGGUGAGAUACGUGAGUACCAGCGCGCUCCCUCUUGCCCGGCCCCUCCGUCUUCCUCCCUUCCCUGCAGCGACACCGAUGAUGCCGCUUUGCAUCCCACGAGAGGGCCACCACUGCCGUCUGCACCUGCGUCCUCGUCUCUUGCUCCCCUCACGGCAAAGUCUCCCUCACGGCAAUGCCAUCCUGCUGCGCCACCCAAGCCCACCGAAGACAGCCCCCACACCGAGUCUCACACCCCGGUCUCACCAUGUGAGGCGCCAAGGGGAGAGACAGAGGAGCCACAGGAGAGAGAAGAGGGAGACGCUGGUCAUAGCGGAGAAGAGAAGACGACGGACGGGGUGCUGGGCGAAUCAGACUGAUUAUUUCAAUAGAAGGUGCUCUAAACAUACAGUCUAACCAGACUGACAAAGGGGCGUCUCACUUCUUUCUAUCGAUUCUGUUUCAUAGCAUGGGUCCUUCGAACCGUUAUCCCAGUGGUUUAGGAGAGGUAACUAUCAGCCUUUUGUAAUAGCAGCUCAGUCUCCCACUCAUUCAUUCACUUAAGACUCAAUGAUUCCUUAAUCCUUAAUUCUUCUCAGUCAUGUUUAUUGGGGAGGAAAUGUUGUGUUCUUGAGGAUGAGAUCAAGGGAUGCGUCGGAGAGGCGGAUCCCCAGAAUGGACUGUGGACACCAGCCAGGCAGGGAAAGCAUUGAACUGUCCUCCCCCGAAAACAUUCACACACACACACACACACACACACACACACACACAUACAUACUGUACAUCUACACACACACAGACAGACACACAGACAGACACACAUACAUACAUACAUACAUCUACACACACCAUACACACCUCUACCCAUGAUGACUGCAAAUGAUGUUACACUGACUAUUCCAAGAGUUGACAUGCAAAUCAAUAUGUGCAAUGAUCAAGCAGUUCACCCAUUUUGAGGUCAUCUCUGCCCAUUGUCUUGCCACAAAUGAUCUUUUUUUAAGCCACAAUAAGGUUAUGGGGAGACAGACAUGAAAUAAAGAUACAGUUGCAGAAUUGAGGGUCUGUUGUGGAUAAAUUAUGAUUUACUGAAUGAAAACCUUGGCUUGGCUUGGGUCUGUUAUUACAUUUGUAGUCUGUAAGAUGAAUGGGAGCAUUCCCCCAACCCCUAAACAUUGUUGUUAACCUUAGUUUUAAAGUGCCAGACUGAGUUGCCAUGUUGCUGUUUUGGUUCAUGGUCAUUUUAGCACUAAGGGAAUCAUAAGUGUAUUAUCUGUGUCAUAUUUAUAUUAUAAUAAUGUUGCUACGCACAAAGGACAGACUGUUAUACUGUGAGCAGCACCUUAAUGUCAAGGGGAUGCUCUUGGCCCUUCCCUGCUUAGUUGAGUUUGUACAUGAUUGUGUGUGUGUGUGUGUGUGUGUGUGUGAUGUAAUUGCUGGUCAAAUCUGUUUUUCUCCCCAAAAUCAUACACACAGAUGGAGAAUUAGAGAUGUUACCAGGAUCGUUUGACUGACAAGGUGGCAUCCAUGUAUUAAAU